UCGGAUCACGUAUACAUGGAGAUAUAAGCAAUGGCCAAGCAGAAUAUCGUGGGUCAUUCAUACAGAUUGCACGUGACGCGAUUUUAAUUUGUGAAGGGACGGGCCAGUGAACGAUAGCUAAAACGGCCUCCUUUUCUUUUACGCUCUGCAGUCUGAUCCUUUGUGCAUUUUCUUGGAACUGGAGCAGGGGCCUAUCCAGUGUACAUCAAGCAGUUCUGGUUUUUCCCUCCAGAGGGCACUUCAGCUAGAAUACUUCCUGACCUUCCUGGUGUACUGCAACUGAUGGAGUCCAACAAAGAACCCCAACAUCAAGGCACUUUUGAAUGUCAGCUAUGUGGAUUAACUGCCCCCUACAGCUAUUAUGGAAAUAAACCCCUGAAUGUCUACUCUGUUACUCUCCUGGAAGAAUGCUAUGUCAUGAAGGAUCCAUUCACCUCUGACAAGGGCAAAUUCCUUUUACUUGGAUCUCGGUGUAGUUUGUGUUGCAAGCGUGUGUGCGUUGGCACAGACUGUAGCCUUUUCUACUCAAAAAGAUUCUGCCUUCCCUGUGUUAACUCACACUUGAAGGACUUUCCUUUAGAAAUACAGCAAGAUUUGGAAAAGAAAACACAUUCCAAAGCCCAGUCUUCAAAAAAAGGGGAUUCCAAGGAUUCAAAGACAAAGUAGAUUAUUUUGACUCAAGCUUCAAGAUGUGUUUUAUAAUUAAAAAUAAUAAUAAAUAGCUCUUCUAGAACCA